AUGGCUGAAGUAGUUCCUGGAAUCCACACACCACCAUUGCAACUAACCAAUAUUGAUCAAGAUAUUAGAGCUGAUGAAGAACUACAAGAUGUUGAAAAUUUGCUUGGAAUGGUGGUGCACAGUGAGGAGGAAGCAUAUAAAUUGUAUAAUGAUUAUGCUAUACGAAUUGGGUUUAGCGUUCGAAAAGAAAAACUCAGAUAUGCAAAAAAUGGUGUAAGACAGAGAGAGUAUGUGUGUUCGAAAGAAGGAUUUCCACGAGAUGGUGACCAUUUGGAUGAUAAGAAAUUCAAAAGAUUACAAACUAGGACUGGUUGUGAAGCUAGUAUCAGGUUUACAGUGACAAAUGGUGAGUGGAAGGUUACUCAUUUCAAUUCUAAUCAUAAUCAUGAGCUUGCAAAGCCUGAAGAAAGACCGUUUUUAAGGUCGAAUCGAAAAAUAACUGAUGCUCAGUUAGGUGUAAUAAGAACUUUUAAAGAAGCGGGCAUAAGAACAGUAAGUACAUAUUCCUAUUUAGUUGAGGAAGCUAGGGGAUUUGAAAAUGUUGGGUUUAUAAAACGAGAUUACUAUAAUGCGGUGAACAAGCAGAAGUUAAUCAAUGUUGAGGCUGGAGAUGCUCAAAGUGUCAACCAUCAUUGGAAGAAUGUACUUUUUGGUUGUGCAUUUCUAUUGGAUGAAACAACUGCUUCGUUUACUUGGUUGUUUGAAACAUUCUUGGAAUCAAUGGGAAAUCAAAAACCAAAGACAAUUUUUACUGACCAAUGUCAAGCAAUGAAGAAUGCCAUAAGAGUUGUGCUUCCUGAUACUUGUCAUCGCCUAUGCUUAUGGCAUAUCUCAAAAAAUGCUGCAAAAAAUUUACCAAGGCAUUAUGGGAAUCCUGAAUUUAAGAGUAAAUUUAAUAAGAUUCUUUAUAAUUGUGAGACAGAAAUAGAGUUUCAGUCUUGUUGGGAUGCCUUGCUCAGAGAUUACAAUUUGGCGGGUAAUAAGUGGCUUAACACCUUAUAUGAAAAUCGUGAAAGGUGGUGUUCAGUUUUUAGUCAUAACAUUUUCUCUUGCCGAAUGAAAGCUUCAUCCAGGAGCGAGAGUACAAAUAAUGUUUUUCAACAUAUGGCAUGCAAAACAAUGAGACUAACAGAAUUUGUACAUGAGUAUGAGAAAGCUUCAAAAAAUAUGCACACAGACGAGUUAGAAGAAGAUUUUCGUUGCAAACAAGGUACGUCUUUUCAAAUAGUCCAAAAUUGUGGACUUUUGCAACAUGCAUCAUCUGUUUAUACUCGUACAAUGUUUAAAAGAUUUGAGUUAGAAAUUACUUCUACCUUGGGGGUCACACACAAAGAUAUUAAUUCUGAUGGAGAGUCUUUCACCUAUGAAAUCAUUGAAGGAGGUGGUCGAAGGGUUCAUGUUGUCUAUUUUAACUCCUUAAAUAAUGAAAUCACGUGCAGCUGUAAAAUGUUUGAAACAUUGGGGUUACUAUGUCGACAUGCUUUGCGAAUACUUAUUGUGAAAAAUGUAACAGAGCUUCCUGAUCAAUAUAUUUUGAAACGAUGGACAAAAAAUGCAAAGAAAGAUAAUGUUGUAUGUGAUCAUACAAAAUCAGUGGAUGCAAAUGAUGAGUUGUCAGUGACAUCACGCCGUAAUGAAUUAAUGCGCUCAGUUUAUGAAUUUUUCACAAGAAGUGCAGCAACAACUCGGCAUACUGAAAUGUGCAAAAGAAAAAUUAGAGAGAUGAUAGAAUUUGUUGAGAAAGAUAUGGAGAUGUUAAGUGGGGCAAGAGAUGAUGGUGAAAAAGAAAAUAGUUUUGUGGAUAAUAACAUCUCUGGUGAUGUUGAGAAGACUAAUUGCUCACUUAAUAAUUUGCCUAUAUUAGAUCCCCCAUGUGUGCGACCAAAAGGAGUCACAAAUGCGAGAAUGAAAAGCAAUAUGGAGAAGCGUAAAAGGAAGGCAUUAAAAGAUAUUACAAGAUCAAAACAAUUGCCCAAGAGAGGACUUCCAGCAAACUCUGCCCAAGAGAGGACUUCCAGCAAACUAUGCCAGCCGAUGCACCCAUCUAAUGUACCCAUGGAUGAGAACUACAAUAAUCAAAUAUUUCAUUUUCUGGGCAUGCCAAUGACUAGUAGUUCAAACCAUUUUCAACUAUCAAAUCAGAUCCCUUUUUCUUAUUGGAGUGGUGCUUCUCCAAAUGUUAGCUUAACAAGCAUGCUUCAAAGUAACAAUUGCUUAAAUCAUUUAAGUCAGGUAUCAGGUGGCUUUCAACAACCAAAACACUUCUUAACACCAGCCUACAAGGCAGAAAAACACCCAACAAGGAUUAGGUGA